UGGUCCUUAAGCUAUGGCUUCACGAGUGGACCUUAGCCGCCGCCAUGCAAAAGAAGAAGAAUUAGAUUCUUCACUAACCUUUUAUUCUUCUUUCUUCUUCAAUUCAAAAUUGUUCUUCAUUUUGAAAGUUCAUAUAGUUACACCUUCAAAUUCUCAUGCCAUUUACUCUUCACACCCCCACCGAUCACCCUCACCCCAUAUCAUGGAACCUUAUCACACCAAAACAACCAAUACCCACUUCUCAAAAUCUCAUUUUUACAAGACUCAAAGCUUUUUCAUCUCUCAGAACUUCUCUUGACUGUGUCUCUUCUGAUGGAGGAGGAGUUGACAAAAUUUCACAACAAAUUCGGCUACCCUUUGUGGUUAAGAGUCCAAAUAAGGUCACUAGAUUCUUCUGGAAUGGUGGCUGCUUGGAGUUGGUCACUGUUGAUGGUGGUGCUGCUUCUGGUGAUAAUGAUGGUUUGUUGAAGGUGUUUGGUUCUGUUGUAAGGGAUUUUUUCAUUCCUAGAGAAGUUAAUGAGAAUUAUGUUGAUUUUGUGAAGUGGAAGCUGCUUCAUCGUGUUUUUAGCUCUGCUCUUCAAGUUCUUGCUACUCAGGCAAUGUUUACAGCCAUAGGAGUUGGAUACUCCAGUUCCCUUCCGUCAGCUGCUGCCCUUAACUGGGUUUUAAAAGAUGGUCUUGGACGACUAAGCAAAUGCAUAUACACUGCUAGCCUAGCUUCUGCUUUUGAUACUAACUUAAAGAGAGUCAGGUUCACUACAUCUGUUCUUUUUGUUGGAAGCAUUGGACUUGAAUUACUUACUCCUACAUUUCCUCGAUUCUUCCUGCUGCUUGCGACUAUUGCCAAUAUUGCUAAACAAAUAAGCUUGGCAUGCUACUUAGCAACUCGGUCGGCUGUUCAUCAAAGUUUUGCAAAAGCAGACAACCUUGGUGAAAUUUCUGCCAAGGCACAGAUUCAAACAGUCUGCUUUGACAUCCUUGGUCUUAUGCUUGCUGCCCUUGUUAAUAUGUGGAUUGGGAACCAUCAAAGACCACAAGCAGGUCUCCAUUUCUUUGUUUAUCCCCUUUUCGCUUUCAUGGACCUUUUUGGGAUUUAUCAAGGACUAAAACAUGUCCAUCUGAAAACUUUGACUAAGGAUAGGCUUGAAAUCAUUCUGAAAACUUGGAUUGAGUUUGGAUAUGUGCCUUCCCCGGCAGAUGUGAGCGAGAAAGAAGUAAUCAACUUUAUGGGAGUUAAAGGUAAAAGCUUAUGGCCAGUUAGAAUAGGGUGCAUAAGUCCCAAGGACCAAAUACCUGAGUGGUCAAUGAAGACGAUACAAAGCAUAACUGAUGAGGAUUAUUACUUUGUAUGCAUGGAGAUCUUCGAAGGAUUAAAAAGAACUGGCCAGCUCCGUAUCCUUCUUUCCAUCCGUGAAGGAGCUGAAUCAAAGCAUAUAAUUAUGGGUUUGUUGCAGGCCUGCUACAUCAGAAGGACUCUUCUUAAGUGGAAUAUUAGCAGAGGGGAAAACAAUGCAUCAAACUCAGCACUAGAAGAUUGGUCUGUAAUUGUUGAGGAUGGAAAGAGGUAUGCAGAGAGGGAUGUAACUGAUUUGAUUGAACAAAUGGUGGGAAUGGGUUGGGUGGUGAAGAACAUUUUAUUGUCAAAGCAAGAACAGGCAAGAUACAGUUUUGUGUAUGAUUAAUUAAAGAUGGUUUACAAAAUUUUGUUGGCUCCUUAAUAUUAUGGGAGAGUUUAGGGUUUACUAUUCAUUUAAGAUUAACCUUAAGGGCACAUUGGGUUAACUUUAGUGGAAAAAGUAAGAGAUCCUAAUUGUAUAAAAAAAAGGAGUAAAUGAUUUUAAUGUAUUUUUACAUAUUCAAACCGUUAGAGAAACCAUUAGUAAAGAUUUAGAGGUCAAUGAGUUGGAUCCAAAUUUGGUGUAUGAUAGAACAUUAUGGCGUCAUUUGAUCCAUGUAGCCGACUUCAUUUAGUGGGAUAAGGCUUGGUUGUUGUUGUUUACA